GCAUCAAUCUAUGGUUAGCAUCGUUAGCUUCUCUGUUAGCAUCGAGCUGUUCGGUGUGGUGGGAUCCAUUGCGAGUCCGCGCAGCAACAAUGAGUUCAGUUCAGCCUCUGAGGGAGUUUAUCAGGCAGAGACUAACUGCUGCUGCUGAAGAAAUCUUCUCAGAGGUGGAAAAAACCAUCAUCCAGUACCAGGAGGAGAUCGACCGUCUGCGCGGCUGGAGACCCCGAACUGAACAGAACCAAGCAGAACCUUCACAGGAUCAUGAUCGGAUAGUGAAGAAGGUUCGCUUUGACCAUAAGCUCUGUAACCAGGACGCCAGCAUCGGUCCAAAUCACACGAUACAGAGUGCUGGACCUGCCCGGGUCAAAGAAGAACCAAAGGAACCAGAAGCUCUAACGGUUCAAGAAGAGAAACUCUGUGUUUCUGAGGCAGAGGAACAGCGUGUGUUUAAGAACGAGGUGGAUUUCUUCUUGGUGACGGCUCCUGAUGAGGAACCAGAACCAAACAGGUACAGACUCGCCUCUUUGGGUCCUGAAGCUGAAAACCAGAACCAGGCAGGUACCGGCGAUGCUUCUGCUCAGACAGCUGAGAAGUCUGUGAGUUGCGACCUCUGCGGAAAGGCUUUCAAGCACAGCUACAAGAUGAAGAUCCACAGGAGAACCCAUACAGGGGAAAGACCAUUCUCCUGUAAAAACUGUGGAAAACGGUUCAUGAGGAGUUCUGGUUUGUCGGUGCACAUGAGGAUCCACACAGGACAAAAACCGUAUUCCUGCAAGACCUGUGGGAAAAGAUUUACUCAGCUCAGCAGCCUGAACUACCACAUGAAGACACACACAGAUGUUCUGCAGCAGGAGAAUCAAACAGAGGAGGCUCUGUGUAUCCAGGAUAGGAGCUCCAGUUUGGACACGGCAGAACCAAAAACUCAACAGGCAGGGAAUCAGGAGACAAAGCUCUUUAUGCUCGAACCUGAUCAACUCCACUAUCAGAAGUCUGCUAAAGUUGAGGAUCUGGAUCAAGACAGUCUGGUUGAUAGCGGAUGUCCUCUAGAGGGUCAGUCGAAGAACUGCCCCACCGAUGGUGAUGUGGAGAGAGGUUUGUCUGGGCAGGGUCCGAUCGGUGCGCCGAUGGCCAAGAGGUCUGUGAGGUGUGAUGUUUGUGGGAAAGCUUACAAGCACAACUACGAGAUGCAGGCUCAUCGGAGGACCCACACAGGAGAGAGACCGUUCUCCUGCAAAAUCUGCGGCAAAGGCUUCAUGAGAAGUUCUGGCCUGGCUGUCCACACCAGAAUCCACACGGGUCAGAGACCAUAUACAUGCAGAAUAUGUGGGAAGAGCUUCACUCAAUUGAACAGUUUGAAUUACCACAGAGGAACCCACUUAGGUGAGAGCAACUUUGAGGUGAACUUUUGGGUUUCUUCGGUGCCCAUACUGGAUCAGAACCACAGGAUGCUGGAGAUCAGGCAGAAAGCCCAUAGCAACACCCAGCGAACAGAUGCUGUGUUCAGUUUUGCUGGUUGUAUCCUCCCAAGGACCCAAUCUACCUGGAAUGGCAGCGUUGGGUCAGGAGAGUCAAUCCCACUUUGGACAAAAAGAAACUCUACACAUCUGAAGAUAAUGGAAGAAUUGGUUAAAGCAGAACCCCUGGAGGUUAAAAUUAAAGUGGAGCAACCAGAAUGUGAGGAACAUGAGUCCGUGCAGAUAAAGGUGGAACAAGAGAACCCAGGGAAUGUGCAGCUGAAAGAAGAUGAUGAGAAUCUAGAACCUCAGCAGAUGAAAGAGGAGGAACCAGAACCUCAGCUGAUUAAGUUUGAACUGGAGGAACCAUAUUAUGUUUAUAUACAAAGACUGGAUAAAUCCGGACCUUUGCAAAUAAAAGAGGAGUAUGAUAAAGUCUCCAUCAGUCAAAAGGGAGAACUGCCUGGUUCUUCAGAACAGACAGAUAUCUUGAUGGUGAAUCAUGGUUUUAAGUUGGACCACAAUGAAAAGGAACCAGUCACAGACCAGCUUGUCUAUCAGAACUCUCCUGAACCCACGGAAGAAAGCACUGAAGAAGAAUCUGGAUCAAGUGGAGCUGAAGAGUUGAAACUAAAUGAGGGAGGUCCAAACACUGGAGAUCCCAGCAAGGAAACCUGUCAGAAAAGGGCCAAAGAGGAACAUCUGUCUUCCUGUGACAUCUGUGGUAAAGGUUUUGGCCACAGUUACAUGAGCGUUCACAUGCGGUUUCACGCUGGAGAGAAGCCCUUCUCAUGUGAGACCUGUGGAAAGAGCUUCAGCCUGAAGAGUCACGUGACCCGACACAUGAGGACCCACACCGGGGAGAAGCCUUUCUCAUGCGAGACCUGCGGUAAAGCUUUUAAUCUUCAGCGCAACCUCAGGUCCCACAUGAAAUCCCACACUGGGAUGCUUUUCUCAUGUCAGACCUGUGGGAAGAGUUUCAAUCUGAAGUGUAAUCUGACUUAUCACAUGAGAACCCACACUGGUGAGAAACCCUUUACAUGUCAGACCUGCGGGAAGAGCUUCAGCCUGAAGAGUCACGUGACCCGACACAUGAAGACCCACACCGAGGAGAAGCCUUUCUCAUGCGAGACCUGCGGUAAAGCUUUUAAUCUUCAGAGCAACCUCAGGUCCCACAUGAGAUCCCACACUGGGAUGCUUUUCUCAUGUCAGACCUGUGGGAAGAGUUUCAAUCUGAAGUGUAAUCUGACUUAUCAUAUGAGAACCCACACUGGUGAGAAACCCUUUACAUGUCAGACCUGCGGGAAGAGCUUCAGCGUGAAAAACAAUCUGACUCGUCAUGUGAGAACCCACACAGGUGAGAAGCCGUUCUCAUGCCAGACCUGUGGAAAAUCUUUCAACCACCAGAGUAAUUUAAAGUACCACAUGACAACUCACACUGAGAAGCCAUCCUCAUGUGAUUCCAGUGGGAAAAACUUCAAAUUAAAAAGCCCUUUGAGCCAUCACAUGAGGAUCCACACAGGCGAGAAGCCAUUCUCUUGUCAGAGCUGUGGAAAAAGCUUUAGUUUCAGAAGCCACCUGACUAGGCACAUGGGAACGCAAAGAUGUGAGAAGCCAUUCACUUGUUCCACGUGUGGAAAAGGUUUCAUUGUGGGUAACCAUUUGGUUCAUCAUAUGAGAAUUCACACAGAGGAGAAGUCCUUCUGCGCAGCAACAAUGUGUUCAGUUCAGCCUCUGAGAGAGUUUAUCAGACAGAGACUAACUGUUGCUGCUGAAGAAAUCUUCUCAGAGGUGGAAAGAACCAUCAUUCAGUACCAGGAGGAGAUCAACCGUCAGAGACUGCUGGACAUCAGCUGGAGACCCCGAACCGAACAGAACCAAGCAGUUCUCCAACAGAGCUCCUUCUCUAGUGACAGGGAGAUUCUUGAUGACCAGGACAUGAGUUCCAUCCGGGGCCAGGAGGAACCAGAACUUCCACAGAUUAAAGAGGAGCAAGAAGAAUCAGAACCUGAGCUGAACAAAGAUGAAUAUGUAGAAGUUUGCAUCAGUGAGGAUGAAGAGGAGAUUUUACUGAAGGAUGAGGAGAGUGAUGCCUUCAUAGUGACUGUCACUCAAGAGGACACAGACUAUGAUGAACCAGAACCAAAACAGGGUCAGGUCCACACUCCAUGCUCUCCUGAAGCUGCAAAGCAGGAUCAGGGAGGAGGUGACGACAUGGAAGACCUAAUAGCAACAAAGGAACAUGAUGAACACAGUGUAGGAAUGUCUUCAGCUUUGCAGGCAGCCUCUGGUACUAACCCAGAUAAAAGGUCAGUCCAAUGUGACAUAUGUGGAAAAAGUUUCACUCAGAGUUACAACAUGAGAGCUCACCGCAGGAUCCACACAGGUGAGAGGCCUUUCUCCUGUCAGGUCUGCGGCAAAAACUUUAUCAAGUAUGACAACCUGCUGGUGCACAUAAGGACCCACACUGGACAGAAACCCUACUCCUGUCUGACUUGUAGUAAACGCUUCAGCCAGCGAAGCAACCUGACCUUUCACAUGAGGAUCCACGCAGGCGAGAAGCCUUUCACCUGUAACACCUGUGGGAAGAGCUUCACCUCCAGCGGACAUCUGACCAUCCACACGAGAACCCACACAGGGGAGAAGCCCUACCUGUGCAACGUCUGUGGAAAAUGUUUCAGUCAGAGCGGUGGCCUGUCAGCCCACAGGCGCACCCACACAGGCGAGAGGCCGUUUACCUGCAAGGUGUGCGGCAAAGGUUUCAUCAGGAGCGACGAGUUGUUGGUCCACAUCAGAAUUCACACCGGUGAGAAACCUUACACCUGUUCCAUCUGUACCAGGAGCUUCGCUCGGAGCUGCCAUCUCACAACACACAUGAGAACGCACACAGGGGAGAAGCCAUAUUCCUGCAAGAUGUGUGGAAAGAGUUUUAGCGAAAACCGCAGUUUAACCGCCCACAUCAGAACCCAUACUGGCGAAAGGCCGUUUUCCUGCGACAGAUGCGACAAGGCCUUCACAGACAAACGCAACCUGGCCACCCACAUCAGGACCCACACCGGUGAGAAGCCGUUCUCCUGCUGCAUCUGCGGGAGGAGUUUCUCAGAAAAUCGGACGUUAACGGCGCACAUGGUGACGCACACGGGAGAGCGGCCAUAUUCCUGCAGCUUCUGCAAAAAAAGCUUCACUCAGAGCAGCAAGCUGGCCGUACACAUGAGAGAUCAUAGUGAGCAGAACCUUUAGACCAACACAUCAGAUGUACCAUUAGGCUGACAGCUAAGAACGAAAUAGGUAGAACCUGUAAAACCUUAAAGCCAACAGAUACGAUUUCAAUAGGGAGAACUUUUAAACUGACACAUAGCAUCAGAUUGAGGAAAACAUUUCAAAAUGGAAAUUAAAUGGUUGACCAAAAUAACAUUGUGUCUAUUAUUAUCAAUAAUCAUAUUACAAAUGUGAAACAAAUUAACUUAGAUGAUAAAACGAAGCAUUGUUUUAUAAUUUUUUGGCA